AAUUAUAGAAUAAAACAUUGACAUUAAUUAAAUUUAUUACCUCUCCCUGAUUUGAUUCAGUAGCAACAUGAUCUUCUUUUGUUUGCCCAGAACACUCCUCAAUUCCAAAUGGGUGGAAAAGCUUCAAUGCAAUAUGCAUCCUCCUCCUCAUCUGUUCAUCAUCAUCAGCUUCUACACCAAGAUAUUCUCGAAUUCAUCCCACGACACGAACUCCUAAACUCAGUUGAUGAUCCCAUCAAAUAUUAGUUGCACAUCUUGAUCAUACCCGUGCGAGUACAUUAGUCAAUCCUACUGCAGAGUAUGUUGACUUGAUGAGACCGAGCCAGACGCGGAUAUGUUCUUCCCCCCGUUGAUUAUGUUUCAUAAACACCACCUUCAAACUUUCAUCAUUGUUCCUCAAGAACAUGACGAGGAAGAGGAGGAAGUUAUGGAGUACAAAGGAGGAGGUAAUCCCACUAAAGAGAAAUCAAUAAAAAGAUGCGGAUUUGGAGGCAUUCUGUGGAAUUUUCGAUCAGAUUGUAUAUCUAACAUUUCUAAGAUCCGGCUGGGUUACAGGAUUUUGCAGAGGGCUUUUGAUCAAGAUGUGCGGAUGAUAUUUGAUGGGAUCGUCAAUCGAGUUUUGGAGUUCAUGUCGUUGAAUGAAUUCACGAAUUUCUUGGUGCAGAAGCUGAUGAUGAUGAUGUGCAGAACAGUGGAGGGGGAAGAUGCAGAUUGUGUUGAAGCUCUUUCACCCUUUUGCAAUUAUGGAGUGUUCCGGGAAAACAAAAGAAUAUCAUGUUAUUAAGUUUAAUUAGUGUCAAUGUUUUUAUAAUUAAGAAGAUUGAAAUUAAUCUAUUUUAUUUUGUUCUUCGAAAGCGUCUUCCUAUUCUGCAUCUCAAAAGUCUACUCAAAGUUGGAGGGACGUGGCCGUAGCAUUCACUCCACCAGUCCAGCCGGCUCAGCGGCUUUCCCGGCUUUUUGACGGGUUCGGGUCGUUGGGGUUCCAGAAGAAGCCAUUUACGAGAUGUCCUCUUCGCUGUCCAAAACUUCAAGUUCUCUCAAUCCAGAGCUGCGCUCAUGUCACUGAUCAAGUCAUGACCAAAAUAGCCUCGGGAUGCCCAUUGCUCCGGGAAGUUGACAUAAGCUUCUGCCACGAAAUAUCUCACGAGUCGCUGGCUGUAAUGGGAAUGAACUGUCCUGAACUAAGAGUCCUGAGGAGAAACCUGAUGAACUGGCUGGACCCUUCUCAGCACUCCCAUGCUGUCCCUAAGGAGUACCUAGACAGAUGCCCUCAAGAUGGAGACUCAGAAGCCGCUGCAAUUGCGAAGCACAUGCCUCAUUUGGUGGCGCUCGAAUUGCAGUUCUCCAAGAUGACAGGGAAAGGGUUGGAGUUGAUAUGCCAGGGGUGUCGGAAGUUGGAGUUUCUGGAUCUAUCCGGGUGCGCGAAUCUGAGUGGCCGAGACGUUUAUCGGGUUUCUUGUCAUUUGAAGGAGAUGAAGAGUUUCCGGAAGCCGGAUUUGUUCAUCCCAAGGGCAGAGUUCAAUGGGGAUAGGUAUGGUCAUUGGCAGCUUUAUGAUGAGCGUUUCCAAACUGAUGCUUUCAGAAUUUGAUGCAAUGGCACACCCACACACAACCACAGGUUUGACUGUUUAUGGGUGUCAAAAUUCAUUAAGAGCUUCAUCCUCAAUUAGUAACUUGAUGUGGCUUGAAUUUGGAGAAGUAUCAAAUAUGAACAUCAGUGAAUUGAAUGUAGCCAUUUUUGUGGUUUGGUAUGAUAAAAUUGUUUUGACAGG